CGAUCACAAUACUCAACAGAUACCGACAGAACGUUGUGUCACAACUGAUCUGAUUUAAACCACCACGACACACAUGGUUGAAUACCUUUACUUUUAUCUCUUAGUUUUCUCUCGUUUUCAAAUAGGAUUUUAGUUUGUUUUAAAUGAAAAUUAUAUCCCCGAAUUACAAACAAUCGCACAGUUUAAUGAUAAUAGCUAGGUGAUCAUAAGUAUCUGUCAAAUCAUGACACUUUGAGAUUUACACAUGUUCGUUGUACAUUUUAUGUAUGUAUAAGAUUGUGCAGUAAAGCAAAUGCAACUCUAGUUAAUUUGUGCAUUCCAUAGAAAACUUGUAUACAAUAUCGUGAAAGGAAAUAGUGAAAUUUAUUCGUAAUGGCAGAUUAAAUCGUCGUUUUGAGUGAUUACACUUCAAUAUGUAACAUCAAUACGUUUGCAAAUGCAGUUGACUUCGUACAAAUAUUGGUUCGUAUCACUGCAAAAAGAAUUGAUAAAAAUAACUAUUUCAAAGAAAACCAUGGCACUUUAUUAGUGAUCAAAAGAGUUUAAUGAAUAACCAAUGAGAGACACCGAUGUACUACGGACAACAGAGGCAUGUCAAAAGGUUAAGAGGGGAGAUAAUUGACGAAAACGUCAGAAACAAUAUGGUACAAAAAAGGUUGUAUGAUGGUGCUAAGCGACAUCUACCGGUCAUAAGACAAGGUAAAAGUCCGAGCCAGAUGCCGCAAGAUGAACAUUUGUCUUCCAUACCGAGUAACGAAAUGUCGAACAGAGGACAUGAAAUAUUUAUGGCAAGUAAAAAGGACGUUGCUCGACGGAAUUUGAUGGGAUAUUUAUAUUCUAGACAGCCAACGAUCAAUCGCAGCAAUUCCUUCAUUGUAGGAGAAAAACCAUCAGAGCCAGGGUUGCCUAGUGUCAAAUAUAAGAACACCCCUAAGAAUUUUGAACGCCAAAAGACAUUAUUUGUGGAACAACGAAGACCGGCAUCGUUGAACAGCAAGAAAUCGAUUGACGCUGUUGAAAGGCGGACAUCAGCUAGCUCAGCUAGACCAAACAGCAAUAAAUUUAGUUUACCCGAAAUAAUGAGAGACAUUUACAGCUCGGCAGCAAAAAUAAAUAAUCACGAGGAGGAAUAUGAAGAAAUCCCUUUUAGUGAAGCCAAUAAGAUUGAUAUUGCUGAAAAUUUAACAUCACUGGACUUUCCAAAAUAUCACAAAAGUAUAAAAGUUUAUCCACCUAACCAUAGACCUAUUACCCCUGGACUGAUAGACAAAUUAAAUAAAAUGAAAGUGAAUACACGGAAUAGAACGGAACAUUGGGUCAGACAAAUACCGGAGGAGCAAAAGCGAUGCAACAACAACAACAAUAAUAUAAGGGGUUCAGAUCAAAGUCGUUGGAUUUAUACUGAUAAUUCGUAGUACAUGUAUCUCUACACAAGAAACGAUUUUUAAUAUGAUGUUUUCUUUCAUCAAAUAAAUACCAGAAUAUCUCCUUUCUUUAAAAUUUUAAUAUGACAUCCUUAUGACGCUUUGUAAACAAAACCGUGUUCUAAUGAGCAUAAAAAAUAUGUUUGACACAUGCGCACGAACUUACUGUGUAUAUUAAUGUUAUUUCCAUUGUUAUCCUUACAAAUGUAUACAUUUAAGCAGCUAGCAUACACUUUUAUCAUAUAUUUUUAUAAAACAACAUAUAUUUACCCUGCUCAAUAGUUUUUAAACUUAUCAAAUAUGAAACGUAAUGCACAGACUCCUCGGGGAGGCAACGGGAAAAGCCAAACAUUUUUACGGUAUUUUCGUACGCUUCGACCUUUACAAGUACUGUAUUUGUCCUAUUUGAAUCGAAAUAGUUCCUUCGUGUCAUGCUCUAUGCUCAUUUUAACAUGGGUAGGCAUUAUAUUUGACCACAUUUUACACCUCGCUAACGCUCAGUGUAAAAUAUCGACAAAUAUAAUGCCUACCCAUGUUAAAAUGAGCAUAGAGCAUGACACGAAGGAAUUAUUUCUUAAUUAUAUCCGUUUGUGCAAUCUACAGUUUUUUUUUCAUUCUUAAUAUCAGAACCGAUAUUCAUAUUAUGAAAUAUAUAUUUCAAAUAUGAAAAGGAACUUAUUCAAAUACACGUCUGUACUUUAAAACAAAACCUAGUUUUUGACAGCAGCAGCCCUAUGUUAAUAAUAUCUAAUUUCGUUUAAGUAUGAACUAUUCAAUAACAUCUUAUUUCGUUAAAAGUAUGUACUAUUAUUUUCUAUCAUUUUAAUUUCAGUCACGUAUGGCCAUCUCCGAAGUUUUAUAAUUGCACUAAACGUGCUAUCACAAUUAUGAUUAUUAAAUUAAGAGAUCAUGCCAUUGUACUCAGUUCUAUCAAUAACAUCUAACCAUUUGUCAAUAUUUCACGGAAAAUUUGAUAUAAAUUAUUUCAAAUAAGAAAGUAAGAAAGUGAAAAUAUUCUGAUCACAUCCUUUUCAUUACGCAAUGAUCAAUAAUUUGCAAAACGACUGUCACUGGCUUUCGGGAAUUUAUCUUUUUUUUUUUGAUUAAUUUGUUCUUACGAUGUAUUGAAUUUCGUUUUUGGAAAUACGCGACACACACUUUUGUAUGCCAUAAUGGUAUUUGAAUAACAAGAACAAUUGAUCAUAAACGGUAAGAAACCCAAAAAAAUACCACUCCUACUUCUAAUAAAUAUCAUGGUAGAAAUAGGUAUAAAUAUAUACAUCACUUUUUUUUAUUUGAGCGUCACUGAUGAGUCUUUUGUAGACGAAAAGCGCGUCUGGCGCAAAUGAUAUUUCAAUCUUGGAACACAUGUAUCAAUGACCAGUUUAUUCACAGUAAAUAAAAAUGUAAUGUUUGAUAAUGCAGCAAUAAACAAAGCUGAUGCAGUUAUUAAUACUAAGUCACAAACAUUUUUUAGAGACGACACCAUUUGAUAUUUUUACAAAUGGGAAUGUUCGAGUCCUCUUUAAAUUUUAAUGAUAGUCUUCCAUUUUGUAAUGCCACCAUCGACAGGGAAACCUUCAAAUUUUAAUGAUAGUCUUCCAUUUUGUAAUGCCACUAUCGACAGGAAAACAUUCAAAUUUUAAUGAUAGUCUUCCAUUUUGUAAUGCCACCAUCGACAGGAAAACCUUUAAAUUUUAAUGAUAGUCUUCCAUUUUGUAAUGCCACCAUCGACAGGGAAACCUUCAAAUUUUAAUGAUUGUCUUCCAUUUUGUAAUGCCGCCAUCGUUUAAUUUUGUCGCACUUUUAUAAAGCUAUACAUACUAUAUGUUAUGUGGAAGUUGUGUGUUCAUGUUAUUCAUUGUUACUAAUGCUUUAACGACAUCGGGUGUCAUUUCAGUUUUGUCGAAAAGCUAGGAAAAGACGUUUUCGUUUGCUUUAAACCACUGUUAUUUUGAAAUAAGAUAUUUGCAUUGGGUCUAUUACGGGCUUGUUUAUAUAGUUUGUUAUGAAGUGCUAGGUUUACACCGAACACACCAAAAUACUCAUUUGGUCUCUAGUGGAGAUUUGUCUCAUUGGCAUUUAUACCGCAUCUUCUUAUUUUUAUAAAACUGUUAUUCAAAUUACAAAAGGUCCAAAACAUUACUUAUACUCGUUAUUAAGUAUCAGCAUUUCGAGUGAAUUAUUAACCAUCGAGAUGAACACCGCAGCAAUGCAGACGAUCUUAUGACAGGAUAUACAUGUAAAUACAUAGAUAUGAAUAUAAAUACCAUGACAAGCACGUCCAAUAUUAUGAUGAAGACUUUUCUUGGUCGGUUUAAAUUCAUGCUAUAUAUUAAAAUAUGUUAAUAAUCUCAAAAAGGGUUAAAUUGAAGGUGGCAUGAAUACAGAUGAAUUCGAAUUAUUGACUUGUCAGCAAAAAUGCAUAACCAUACACAAUGUUGUGAGGUUUAUUUUGACAAAAUUGAUUAAUUGAUUCAAACUGACUGCUUAUUGGAAAAUUUUAUAUCAAAACUCAGAUUUUUCAAAUGAUUCAACAAAAGGAACUAUGUCUGAAUGUUUUGUCUUAAUAAUGUUGUUUUAAAAUGAAGUGUUGAUAAAAGCAUCUCUACAAGGACAUUUUUGCAAUGCUCUAUGAGGAUCUAUAAGCAGAGUAUGAUAGAUUACACACCAACAAAAUAUUUCUUGGUUUGCUGAUACUGCAAUAGUCAGGAAAUUGGUUGAAAGUGGUUCAAUAAUACAUAUAUUAAAUUGAAGUACAUUUAAUCAAUUUUAUCUAUGUAUUAGCUAAAUUUGUUUUUAAAUGAAUAUUAAAUCAUGCAAGUGAUUGCGUCAGGAAACACUUUCCUUUUCAACAAAAGAAUCGACUUAUCUAUACAAACUUUUUUUGAAAGUGUAGAUUAUUUUAAGUUACAUGCUAAUGUUACCUAUUGUUCGCAUUGUAUUAUAUUAUCAUUGUUGUUAAUCAUUCCUGAAUAAUGUAUUAUGUUUUGUUUAUUUACAAUGAAAAAUAAAAUGUUACUAAGUA